GCAGUGGUAAUAAAACGCUCAACGCCGAUUCACUCAGUGUCGACUAUCUGUUGAAAGAGAAAAGAUAUGGCUGUCGCGUUUGUAUCUUUAAUUCUCGGGGUUGUAAUAAUUCUCUACCUCUAUCUGACAAAAAACUUCAAAUACUGGCAAAAACGUGGAGUUCCUUGCGUGAAUGGUGCUUUACCGGGAGUUGGUCAUAUGUGGGAGUUUGUCAUUGGAAAAACUGCUUUCGCUGAAUUUUGUCGCAAAAUCUACCAUGACAACAAGGAUCACAGCAUGGUCGGCUUUUACAAAUUCUUGGAGCCCACAUUAAUGGUUCGCGAACCGGAGCUGGUGAAAACAGUAAUGCAAACGAGCUUUACGCAUUUUCACGACAAUACGUUCAAGAUCAACCCUGACCUGGAUCCUCUUUUGGCAAACAAUCCCUUCUUCACAUACGGAGAGAAAUGGGUAACCGGAAGGAAACGUCUGGCCUACGCCUUCUCCAGCAUGCGACUAAAGAUCUUACUCGAGAGUGUUAAGCAAGUAUGUGGAGAACUGGAGAACUAUUUAGAUAAAAAGUUGAACAAGGUAGAGAAAGUGGAAAUAGAAUUGAAGGAUCUCUUCGCCAAGUACACUGCCCAAGUGGUAGCGAAUGCCGGUUUCAGCGCGAAUGGAUUCUGCUUCGACGACAAGAAAGAACACGAAUCUUUCUAUGAGAUGAGCAAGGCCUUUCUCGAGCCAUCUGCUAUGAACAAUAUGAUGUUUAACAUUGUGUUCCUAAUGCCUUGGUUGGGCAAAGUUCUCAGACUGAAUUUUUUACCGAAGAAACUCGAUCGUUUCUUUAGAAAAUUGGUCACUGAUGUUAUGAAACAAAGAAGGACGAGCGGAAUGCAAAGAAAUGACUUCCUCCAAUUAAUGACCGAAUUAGAGCGUACAGAAGAUGAUAAGUUCGAUUUGGAGAUUCUAGCGUCUUACGCGUUAUCAUUCUUCGUCGACGGCUACGAGACUUCCAGUAGCGCUUUGUCCUUUAUUGGCUUCCAUUUAGCCGUUUACCCGGAAGUGCAGAAGAAAUUACGCAAAGAGGUGAUGAAUGUGCUGUCCAAAUACAACGGCAUAGUUACGUAUGAUGCUUUAAAGGAAAUGACCUACAUGGAUCAAGUAAUAAGCGAGUCACAGAGAAUCGUACCUGUGGGUGGAUUUUUGAGCAAAGAUUGCACGGAAGCGUUCGAGUUGAAAGGAUCCGAUGGAGUCGUUUGCUCGGUGGAACCUGGGACAACUAUUAUAAUACCCCUCCACGGCUUGCAGGAAGAUUCUUGCUACUGGGAGAAUCCGCACGUAUUUGAUCCUGAUAGAUUCAGCCCGGACAGGAAGCAUAGCAUCGAAAGAUUCGCCUUUCUUCCCUUCGGCGAGGGCCCACGAAUGUGCAUAGGAAUGAGGAUGGCUCUAUUGCAGAUCAAAGCAUGCCUCGCUGUACUCUUAAGGAAGUAUAGCUUAGAGCUCUCUCCAAAGAUGCAAAUGCCUUUGAAAUUAAAAAUCUCACAUUUUCUGUAUGCGCCAGUGGGUGGUGCUUGGGUCUACAUCCGACCAAUUUAAUUGCGCAAAUCUUUGAUUACCUGUAACUUGCUAUAAUAGUUUCAUUUGUUACCCAAUUUGUUGUCAAAAUAUCUUCUUCCUAUAAUGAGGUCUUUCGAUAUUGUUUACAAAUAGUUUACUAUAUAUUAUUGUACGAAAUGACCAAAUUGUCUUACACAACGAUCGUAUAACAUUUCAGUCGUAUAAAUCUUAAAGGCAACUCACAUACGAUAAAUUAUAUUUAAUGGAAAAUAAAAGGGAGAGAAAUAUUGUAUGUUUAUUCGAAAAGUAGCAAGAUUUCGGUAUUUAUAUCUUAUUAAUUACACAUUCUAUUAUUCCACCAUAUUAUAGUAAUAUUAUUAUAAUAAAAAAGCGCCAACGUUUUAAGAAAAAACAUUACGUUAGUUGUAAUAAUGAGACAUACAGCGUGCAGGUCUUUUAAUGUAAAUCACUUAUGCACUAUGCAUUUAUACAAUGCAUUUAUACGAUAUUAUGCAAAAUAUUGUUAUAUAUAUAAUAACAAGGUUGGGGUUUUACGAUAUUACUGAGAAAAUUAAUAAUAGGAGACAAUAUAUAAAACAUAAUAUUUCAGGAAUGCAAAAAAAGAGAAGGAAGAAAAGAGGAAUUUUGAGCUUUAUUUUUGUUGUGAGUUUAUUUUUGUGGUUGCCCAUAAUAAUAAAUCCAAACACACACUUAUUACUUGUACAUAUAUAUAUCGUAAUCAUUAAUUUACAAGUAUGUUCAUUAUAUAUUGAAAAUUUAUAAUUUUUGUUUUAA